GGUGCUCUGAGAGCAGCGUUUUAGAGGAUUGCUUAAAGAUGUGAGAACAGAUUAAAAAAACACUUCCUAGACGUUUUUAUAGUGAGGAAUUAUUCACAGCUAAAAAAAAGGGGGAUUUUGCACAGGAUAGGGCCUUUAAAACAUUCAGUUCAGCCACAUUUUUAUCAUAGUUUUUAUUCUAAAAACAAGCAUUUUUUCUAUAAAUAUGUUAACUCAGAUUGUGCAUUUAACAUUUAUUUCGAGGCUUCCUUAACUGUAAUGAGUUUAUAUUUGAGUGGUGCAAGUGAAAGCAGCUGUUUUCAUGAGUCAGGCAGCCAGCAGGCGGGCGACCGGGACAAGGGUCAGCCUGAGAGAGCAUCAGUGACGGAUGAGCAGUGAGGGGGCGUGUCUUCUGCUGCUGGAUGAGUGCUUGAAGGCUCUCUGUACGAGAAGAGACCGGCUCACGAUGAUACGGCUUCACCUAACCUUCCCAGAUCUACACCUGUGUGACUCCAGACAGAAUGGACUCCAAAUUCCAUGAGCCCAGAGGGAGUCCCAACCCCCAGGUGAUGGGAAUCGUCCUCAGCACCGCGUCCUGCCUCAUCAUCUCCACCAACUUGGUGGUGGCUGCAGCUUUGCUGAAGCUGCUCAUCAAGAAGAGCAGUCAGAGCUGGUGCUUUGUGCUCAACUUGGCUCUGGCUGACAUCUUUGUGGGCGUGGCCAUCACUGGUUUGGCCACAGAGGACUUUGGCAAGGUGGCUCUGGACCCCAGUGAGGAAGGUCCUCUCACAAACUCGACGCCUCCUGCUUCAGGAAGGACACGCUGUUUGUUGCGUAUGGCCUUUGUGACGUCGCCGUGCACGGCCUCCAUCAUGUCCAUGUUUCUGAUCUCGCUGGACCGCUACGCAGCCAUCAAGAUGCCGCUGCAUUAUUCGCUGCUGUCUGGGAAGUGGACGGCAGCCGGAUCCCUGCUGGCUGUUUGGAUCUGCUCCUUCGUUACAGGAUUUUUACCAGUGAUGGUGCAGCAGCUGCAGGCCAGGACAACCUACAACGGCUUCUGUGCCUUCUUCUCCGUCAUCAACGACAUCGGCAUGAUCGUGUUGUUCAGCACGCUCUUCUUCCCGGUGCUCUCUUUGUUCAUCUACAUGUACCUGGACAUCCUGAAGAUCGCCUACACCCACCAGAGGCAGAUCUCCAGAGUCCGGCAGGCCAGCUCCAGGAGCACCACCAGUGACCAGGGACACCCCCACUACCUGCACCACCACCACCACCUGAGGAGCAGCGACUGGAGCCACGUGAAGGCUCUCAGGACGGUGGCUUUGCUAGUGGGCUGCUUCAUGAUGCUGUGGUGCCCCUUCUUCGUGGUGUGCAUCGUGCACAUUCUGUGUGAAAGCUGCCGACUCAAACACGUGCUGGAGAACUACCUGUGGCUGCUCGGGCUCUCCAACUCGCUCAUCAACCCGCUGGUCUACGCCUUCUGGCAAAGGGAGGUGCGGCUGCAGCUGGCAUCCAUGUUUUCCUGCAUCGCGGGAUGGUGGGCGCCGGCGGCGGUGCCGAUGGAGAGGAGCCAGCCGCUGCCGCCGGUUCAGACUCAGCACAGACACUGUGGGGCAGAAACACCCAGCCCCUCACUGUUACUGCCUGAUACCGUGUACGAGAACAGUACGGCGCCACCUUCUGCCAUUACCACCUUAUAAAAGAGACUCCAACCAGAAAAUGUGUGAAGUGUUUUUUGUAAAAAGUCAUCCAAACUAAAAAAGGAGCUUUAAAUAAAACAGUUUUCUCAAGGAAAAUACUAAUAUUUGAUUUGCUACUUAGCUCAACAUAAAAGGUCAGCAAUGGCAGGGAGCAGGAUGUUCGGUUGGACGUGCGGUUCGCCUAACAUGAAUCCAUAAAUCUUCUGGAGUCUCUGA